AUGGCGCCAGAUCCCCUUAUUUCACCUACCAGCCGCAGCAGCGCUAAACUUCCUGUUAGUGAAAUGGCGACGUGGGGCUGGAGGCUCGGGGCGAGUCUGCGGAACUUUCUCCGGACAUCGUGGACCCUGGGCGGUAAAGUCCCGCUGAGGCCGGCGGUGGGGGGCGCGGUGGUGGGCUGCCUGUCCGCCGCUGGGAUCCUCCGGUAUCAUCACGAGCUGCGGGGGAAAUACUUCCACCCGACCGUGUACGCCAAGGAGACCAGGGAUGAUGACACCCCCGUCCCUGCAGUCUCGAUGCGGCGUUUGCGCUUCAACCAGUUUGCGUCUGUGAUUUAUGACCAGGAGCUGUACAUGACUCCCAGAGACUUCCUGUACUCUGUCAUGUUGGAGCAAGUGGAACAUAAACUGCACAAGAGGCCCCUGAGCAAAGCGGAAGUAGAGAAGAUGCUGACGGUGGCUUCUAAAGCCAAAGCAGGAAGCAACCUGUUCAGAGGAAUUGGAGAUAAUGGGCUGAUCUCCUACACCGAGUACCUUUUCCUCCUCACCAUCCUCACCAAGCCAUGUACAGGAUUCAACAUCGCCUUCAAGAUGCUCGACAUCGACGGCAACGAGCAGGUGGACAAAAAGGAGUUCGAGAAGCUAACGAAAAUCAUCAGACAAAGGAAGAUUGCUAAAGAGGUCCCAGAGGCCUUCGAGGAAAGCAAUGAGCCGAGCACCACGCUGCAGGCCUUCUUCUUCGGCCGCAAAGGACAAAACAAACUGCAGUACAAAGAGUUUCACAGGUUCAUGGAGGAUCUGCAGGUGGAGGUGCAGGAGAUGGAGUUUCUGCAGUUCUCCAAAGGCAUGGACACCAUGAGGAGGGAGGACUUUGCUGAUUGGCUGCUGCACUACACCAACGAAGAAGACAACGACGAAUACUUGGAAAACUUGAGGAAGAGAAUCCCGACAGGAGAAAGCAUCACUUUCGAGGAGUUUAAAGCCUUCUGCCUCUUUACCAACAACCUGGAGGACUUUUCCAUCUCGGUGAAGAUGAUCGCCGACGCCAACAGGCCGAUUGGAAUGGCACAGUUUAAGAGAGCGGUGAAGAUCGCCACAGGACAGGAGCUCUCUGAGAACGUCCUGGACACGGUGUUCCAAAUCUUCGACCUAGACGGAGACAAUUGUCUCAGCCAUAAGGAGUUCAUCGCCGUCAUGAAGGAUCGGAUGCUGCGAGGCCUCAGGGUUCAGUCCCAGCAGGGCGUGUCAGGUUUCUGGAGGUGUGUGAAGAAAGAAACACUUAAAGGCGCUCAGGAGGCUCUGAGUCACAGCAACAGCCCUUUCUGAAUGGAAAUGCACCAGUUCCAGGUUCCAGGGGCGGGGCUUGUGACAUUAGGGGUGUGGCUAUUCCAUGUGGUUGCAAUAAAGUUAUACCAGCACCUGGAGGCUCAGCAUGUGGAGACGCGUCACGUCACGCUGGUCCAUUACAUCCGACUGUCGCGGUUUCAUCCACGUUAAAUUUUACAAUUCAUGUAUGUUCCUGCAAUUCAUUAUCCGCACUCUGGCUGUAGAAUUUACUCAAAAUAACCUUUAAACAAGACAUACAUUUUUUUUUUUUUUUCUACAUGAUCUCCUGCUUUUCAGUACACUUUGUACAUCUGUCAAAAGGCAUUUAAAGCAUUCCCUCAUUAAAAACAAACCGUGCAGCCAACAGUACGCUUAAACUAAUCCGGGGUGCGGGUAAUUUUUGACUCACCUUCGUAUAUUAGAACCAAUUGUCCCCUCCAUGUCCAUCAUUUUCUUCCAGGAUGCUUUAUUAUUAUUAUUAUUAUUAUUAUUGUUUUAUUUGAAAUGAUCUGACUGAAUGUCCAAACAGCAAUUGUUAAAGUUUAAAAUGUUUACUGGGACCCACAAUCCGCUACUAAAGUCCAGUUUACAUUUUUUGGUCCAACCAGAAUUUCCAAAAAAAGGGAGAAAAAAAAUAAAUCCAUAAUUUUGUAGAAUCUAAGCUGAUAAUGAAGUGAGUCUCGUUGUUCUGGGUUCCACAGGGUGAAGCAUUAAGUCACUUUUUACUACAUCAUUAAUAAACAUAUCCAGGUUUGCGGUUUUUAUUGUGCAAAUGAAAUAUGAAAGUGUAUAUGAAAAAUGAAAUAUUUUAAAUCUCUGUGCCUUAGAUUUUAUAAGUCAUUUGUGCCAGCUUCUUUGUUUUUGUUUUGUCAUUUACUUUUUUUUUUUUUUAAUAUAAUAUUUGGUACUCCUGUAUAUCUAAGGUUGGUAUUUGGGUGCUUUCACAUCUUGUAGUUUAAAUUGGUGAAAUUCUGGUACUUUUAGUUCUAUUUGGUUUGGUUUCUCUUUAACACUCCAUAAAGUGACAAAACACUGGCGUGUGGAGGACAAAAAAUUUGUGUAGAGCGAUGAGUUUAGAAAUCAGAGAUUUAGUUGGUGGAGAAAGUAAAGAAAGCGAAACUCACAAAGCCACACACAAUUCUUUGUCAGUCCGCACACACCAUGUUUUUCGCAGGAUUUGACUGUCGUUAGUCUCAGUAUUGUUCCUCACAUCUACACAAGCGCCCCAAGACGCCCAGCACUGUUUAGUUUAGUUCCUGUAUUCAGCCAGAUUUAGGAUUCAAUCGCUCUCUCGCUGUCUGCACUGAGUUUGAAUUGUACUGUACCAAGACCAGCACACAGAGAUGGUGUCUGAUUGGCAUCAGUGUGUGUGUGUGUGUGAGAGAGAUUUCUGUGCGUAAAUAAGCAAACCACACCAAAGAGGAUAUUGCAGUAGUGUUUGAUUCAAAUGGACUAAACACUGCAUAUGUGAAAGCACCUUUGGUUGUGGAUCUCUUCUGCUCUCUUUUUUUUUAAUCACACUAAUCUUUUGGGGCAAAUGCAAGCAAAAGCCUGUUUACCAAAAGUCUUGCACACUGGUUUAAAAUAAAAUAAAAUGUGCAUGUUUCA